CUGUGCCGUGCCGUGCCGUGGCCCCCACCGCCCCGCUCCGGCAUGUGGCUGCUCCUCGUCCUGCUGCAGGCUGCCGUCCUGCCCGCCCAGCCCUGCGAAGCCCCAGGGGAGGCGGCAGCAGCGGCGGUGCGGGUGCUGAGCGCCCGGCUGCUGGGGCUGGCGGCGGACCCAGCGCGGGACCCCGACCCCAGCGUCUACCUGGCGCUUCGCCUGGCCGACGACCACGACCCGCGCGGGGAGGAGCGGUACCUGGCGCGGCUGCAUGACGCCUUCCAGCACCGCUACGGCCGGAGCCUGCAGGCAGCCGGCUGGCCCCACGCCGCGUCCCACGGCCACCCCCAGCGGGACGCCGCGGCCGCCGAGCACGGCACGAGCGCCGAGGCGGAGUGGCCGGAGACGGGGCGGCUGGCGCUGUACCUGCUGGGGCUGCGGGCCGCCUGUCCCCCGCCGGAGCCCGGUCCCCAGCGCUCGCUGGUGACGUGGCUGAAGUACUACCUGGAGGAGGACUGGGCAGGCUCCCGGCAGCACGGCCACCCCCUCACCAGUUACUACCAGUACGGCCUGGGCGUGCUGGCGCUCUGCAUCCACCGCAAGCGGGUGCGGGAGGAGGUGAUCCGCCGGCUCCUGGUGGCUGAGCAGCACGGCAGGUUCGGGCACGCCGGCGGCAGCGCCGUGGACACGGAGGCGGUGGCGGCGCUGGCCUUCACCUGCCUGGAGCGGGAGCGGUCGGUGGGGGCCAGUCUGGCGGCAGAGCUGCGGGCGGCCGCGCGUGGGGUGAGGAGGAGGAUGGUCGAGGCGCAGGGCCAGGACGGCUUCUUCGGCAACGUCUACAGCACCCCGUGGGCCAUGCAGGUCUUCAUCGCCACCAAGGCGUGCCGGACGCAGCCGGCAUAUGGCCGGGCCAUGGCUGCGCUGUUGCGGAACCUGGACGCCUUUGCCACCGCCGCGACCAUGGCCCAGGCGCUGCCGGCGCUGCAUGGCCGCUCUUACCUGGACAUCGCCUCCAUGCACUGCCGGGAAGAGGCGGACACGCUGACGGCCAUCGGCCCCGAGCCGCCGCCCAAGCUGCCAGGGAACGUGACCGUGCGGCUGGUGGUGGAGUGCCCCGAGCUGCGGUGUCCCCAGCGCCGCCUUUACGACCAGCCGGUGCCCGUGCCCGCCGGCGCCUCCCUCCUGGACGUGCUGAGGGUGGCCGCCGCGCAAGGACCCCCUGACUUCACGUUUGACACCCAGGAGACCCCCCAGGGCCCCUUUCUGAGCAGGGUGCUGGGGCUGGAGGCCCGGCAGCAGAAGCGGAGCUACUGGCAGCUCCUGAGUGCCCCCAGCACCAGCCUGCAGAUGGGUGUCGCCGACUACAGACCUCACGACGGGGAGAGCCUCAUCCUGCGCCUGAGCCGCUGGUAGAGGGCGGGGGGGCGAUGGCGAUGAAACACCCGCCGUGGGCGCGGGACCCGCCGGCUCCCCGCGUUACCGGAAAGCGGCAAAAGAAUUCACUCUCUAAGGCUUAUCUGGAAGCUUUAGACAGCAGGCAUUCUUUAUUGCAGCGCUGGGUGCACGGGGGAGAACUCCACCUGAGGUGCACACCCAAAAGACAAAACUAGCAAGUAUUUAUCCAAUGUUCACAGACAUAUUCAGUAUCUUUCCCAGUAGUGCUUAUCACAGGCAGGGAUUUUCCGGGAACUCGUUAGCGUAUGCUAAUGUCUGUCGCACGUUUGUUGGCACCUCCGGGUGGUGGUCGGGGGUCUUCAGGCUCAGCCCUGGUAUCACCUACACCUCAUCCCUCAAGGCCGGUUUUGGGAUCACCUUGUGACUCUCUUAUCUUUGCGCAUCUGUUCUUCCAAGGCCGAGCUGUUUAAAAUGAGAUCGUUCCAGAGCUCCUUAUCUUCCAACUAAUUAUGUUCUAAGUGACAAUGGUUUCCCUUUUGUUUGGUUACAGCGAUUGAGCAAUGGCUCUGAUUGCUUGAAUUGAUCUUAAGAUUUCAAUAUUCACAGGUA